AUGAAUUAAUCAAAUGAGGAAGUCACUACCAUCAAAUAAUCAUACAUCACUAAAUAACCAUUCUAAAAAACCUGGGUUUUAUGGUUGGCUCUAGCAUUGGCCUGCAUGUUAUUGUUUGGAGAUGCUUACGCCUUUGACAAUCCAAUGGCUUUGUAAUCCACCAUCCAAACUCAAAUGGGACUCAACAAUGUAUAAUUCAACAUGUUAUAUUCCAUCUAUUCUGCUCCCAACAUAAUCCUUCCGUUUUUCGGAGGAAUCCUAAUAGAUAAAAUAGGAGUGAGAGUCAGUAUAUUUAUAUUUUCUACCAUCUUAAUCUUUGGACAAGGCAUUGUGGUCAUAGGAGGAUACACCCUUUCUUAUGGGACACUGUUGGCAGGGAGAUGCAUAUUCGGCAUUGGAUCUGAGAGUCUAAAUGCUGCCCAAGCUGCCAUUAUGUCAAAGUGGUUUGAAGGUGGAAUGGUCAGUUUGGCUCUGGGAUUGUGUCUAUCCAUACCCAAAUUAGGAAGUGCAAUGAACUCUUUCGUAAGUCCCAUCAUAUAAGCAAACCAUAAUGAACUAGGUUUUACAUUUUUGGUUGGAUUAUUUAUUGUAUUAUUUUCUUGGGGUUGCGGUUUAUUUUUAAUUUACUUGGAUAAAAAAAAUGAACAUCUGAUGGAAGAAUAUAAGAAAACAAAUCCUCAAGUCUUAUCACCUAUUAAAGAGAAAAGUGUAUCAUCUGAUACCUAAUCACAAGAAUUGAGUUUACAAUUGAGGACGAAUGGAAAUCAUAAUCAUAAUCAUAAUCAUAAUUCCUCUGUUGAGAGCAGUGAUUAUUCUGAAUCCUUUCUUUAGGACGAUGAAGAAGAGGAUAAUGAGGACGAAGAUGAAUAGAAUCACAAUGUUCAUGAUGCAAAGGAAGAAAUCAAAUUAUCAGAUUUAAAAAAUCUAGAUGGAUCUUAUUGGAUUCUAUCGUCCAUCAUUAUGUUGAGUGAAGCAUUAUUUGUACCCUUUUUAGAUAAUGGUAACGCAUUUUUUUAAGUCAAAUUUGGAUUUAGCCAACAAUCAGCAGGUGUAUUAUUAACUAUUCCCUAUGUAUUUGCUGCCCUUCUUACUCCAAUCAUUGGCAUCUACUCAGAUAAGAUUAGAUAGAGAUCGUUGCUCAUAGUUCUCACAACGGUUAUUUUCAUAGUUACUCAUUUAUGCUUACUCCUAAUUCACUGUGAUAGUGCUUGUGGAGUCUCUGCUUUGCCCUUGCUCUCUCUUGGAUUAUGCUACUCAUUUUAUUCAGCCAUCCUUAUUCCCUCCAUUCCCUUAGUUGUCAAGCCUUAAAUGAUCGGAACUGCCUUUGGUCUGUUGGGAGUUAUGUAAAAUACUGCCUUGGCUCUCUUUCCACUGAUUACUGGGAGCAUUUACAAUGGACAUGUGAUCAAUGAAUAUGGACAAUUAGAUCCAUUUGAAGGCUAUGUUUACUAAUCUUACUUCUUUGUCGGCGUCAGUUUUUUCAACUGCAUCAUUGCCAUUAGCUUAUACAUUUUUGAUAAGAACGGCAGCUAAAAAUUGAGCAAACUCAGAAAUAAGAAGUUAUGA